AGUGAAUUUUCUUUUUAUCUUGAAAAAAAACAGUAAAAUAGGAAAAAAACAUGGAAGGGAGGACUUAUUUCGAUUAUAAUUAUUGGAAUUUCGUUAUAUUAUUUUAUUUAUCUAAUGUAGAGCUACUCGCAAAAUAAAAUAGAUCCAAAAUAUAAACUUCAAAGUUUCAUCUCUGAGGAUAAAAUUGAAUACAUGCUAUAAAAUGAUUAUUUUGGAUUCGAUUUACAAGGAUUAAAUGGAACACUAUCUAUGCUUGAAUAACAAACUGGGAAGUAAUAUUUAACUUUUAUGCCUGCAUUUUUAGUAUCUAAAGUUGGAUAGUUAGAUCCUUUGUAUAUUAUGCUAGAUAUUAUUCAGUGCUAAUCUCAAAAAUUGAAGAAUUAUAAGUGUAUAGAUUUUUCUAAAUCCUAAGGUUAUCAGCUAGUUUAAAAUGAUUAUUCCAAUUAUACCUCUGAACUAAUCAUAGUUGUUUAUAAAUGUACUGAUACAGAUUUCUUUAAGAAAACUGUACCUACUAACUGUGCUUCUGAUAAAGAAAUAAAUGAUCUUAUUAAUGACAAAAACUAGUAGUUUGAAAUAAAGAUGAAGGUAUCUUAAUUUAACACUACUUCAGAAAAAAUGGAAGAAAGAUAUAAAAGGUACUAUACAAAUUUGCAAACUAAUUUUAUGGUUUAUGCAAAUUAAAUGAGUACUAAGCUAUAAACAGAUGUAAAAUAAGGAAUUUUUUAAUAAAAUACAUAAACUUAUUCCUCAAUCAUAGAUUAUGCAAAUUAACAGUAAAGAAGUUUUGAUCGCGAAACUCUAAAGUAAUUAACAAAUAUUUAUGCUCUCCUUUAAUUAAACAUUGUUUUAGAUGAAUAAGUCUAGUAUGCCUAAAUUCAAUAUGUAAGUAUUUUAGAAGUUCUUUCAAUAUUUAAUAGCACAUUUGCUAUUCUUAUGGGAGCUGGCUUGCUGAGUAGGUAUUUUAGUAAAAGAAUUAUUUAUGAUUAGUUCUACUAAUCUUUCUUUAAAGAAUUUUUUAGCUAGUCUUAAAUAUAAGCAAAAAUGUAAAUUUCACAAGAUUUAGAAUAAAGUAAUGCAAAUAAAAAUAAUGAAAUUUAAAAGAACAUAAUGUAAUUUUAAAAUUUUAUUUCCUUUCUAAAAUCGAAAUAAAAUAAUUUCUAAAUCGAGUAAAAUUCUAAAGAAGAUAUAAAAAUAGAUAAAGAAUAAUAAUUAGAUUGUGAUAUGAUUGAAAUAGACGAAUAAAAUGGGAUUAGGGACUAUUAACUACAAUAAAUGAAUUCUAUUUAAAUAGAUAAAAUAAAUAAAAAUUCAUUUUUAAAAUAUUAAAUGCAAUUCUCAAAAUUAUAAUUAACUCCAAGUAAUGAAACAACAAAAGAUUUAUUUUAGCAAAACACAAUAAUAGAAUAAGAUGUAUCUCCUCUUAUUAAUAAUUUAUUACUCUAAAAUUCAAUAAAAAAAUAAGACAAUACAACUAAUAAAAGUAUUCAACAUGAUAAAUAAAAUAUAAAUCCUACACACAAAUUAUUACCAUUUCCAUUAAACGAUUUAAAAAGAAGCUUUAAUAAAAAUAUUUAGAUGAGUAAGAUUAUUGAAAAUAGAUAUGAUUAGUAAAAUUAACCAAGAUAAGUAGAUAAAAAUAUCAUUAAAACUUUCAUUGAGUUAUAAAAGAAAAAUAUCAACAUAAAUAAAUUGAAAAAAAACUUAGAAAAUUAAGAAGGGAUGAAGUUUUCUGAAAUUAAAGACCUUUUUGACAGAUCGCUAAAUAUUUAUGAAAUUUAUAAAGAUAUUUAAUUUAUCAAAAAAGCAUUAAGAAUAUUACUAUCAGUAGAGUAGUAUGCUGCAAUUUAACUGAUAGGAUACUCAAUUGAUAAUCAAAAUUAACAACAAAACGAGAGAAAUCAUAUUAAUUUGUAGAUCAAACAAGAAAAUUCACAGGAAGAGCUCAUCUAAAAUCUAUGCAACUUUUUUGAAAAAAUGUUAUACUAAAAUGAAUAUGGUUAAAUAGAUUAAAGAAUACUUAAUUCUUUGAUUGUUUGA